CUUCCUGUCAAAGGCGCGCGGGAAGUUCGAAAAUGAGCACGUUCGGAGGGAAAGUCGACGAGAUUCCGGGGAUCAGCAUCGAUAGGUUCGAUGGGGCCAAUUUCGACUCGGAAGCCUUCUUCCUCUCCCACUGCCACACCGACCACAUGCAGGGUCUUAGUAACUUCGAUUUUCAAAAAAAUCUAGUUGCAAAUAACCGUUUUAUCUACGUAUCCCACGUCUCUGCAGAAAUUCUCAAGAAUAUGCACCCCUUCAUUGCAAACAAUUUGGUGGAACUAGAUUUUCACUCUUCCACCACAAUAACUUUAAAAAAUAAGACCGUAUGUGUGACUCCAAUUCCGGCAGGGCAUUGCCCAGGUUCUGUGAUGUUUCUCUUUGAAGGAGAUAAAACCGUUUUGUACACUGGUGACUACAGAAUUAAUUCUUCCGAUAUUUCCAAACUCAAAGCAUUUUAUGAUUCUCUAAAUAACCAAAAAAAGAUCGACGCGGUGUACUUGGACACGACUUUUUUCUUAAAAGAGUAUGAAAAGUUCCCUUCGAGAGCGGAAAGUUUAGAUGAAAUUUGUAACAUUAUCAACGAGUGGAUUUCGAAGAGUGACAAACACAUAAUAGCUCUGAAUACACAAGCGAAAUAUGGCUACGAGUAUCUUUUUAUGGAAAUUUCCAAACAAGUUAAAAUGCCGAUUCAUGUUAAUGACGACAUCUAUGAAUUCUAUAAAAGGGUACCUGAAUUAGAUCAAGCAAUCACUAAAGACAGAAAUAAGACCAAAGUCCAUUGUGCUUGUGGUAGUCACUAUACAACAAUCUGUCGCAACACUGUAUAUUACAAAGUCAAAAAUAUAAAAGUUUCGGCGUUUCGAUGGAAAAGUGAUAGUCUUCAGAAGGGUAUUUCUGAAAGCAAUGAAUAUACGCACUACGUUUGCUAUUCUACGCAUGCGUCAUAUGAAGAAGGCGUGGCCUUGUUAAAAUUUCUCAAACCUAAAAAGGUUGAACCUAACGUGUUACACAGGGAUCAAACCCUAAAUGCACAGAUUUAUCAGAAUAUUGACCAAAACUUAGAACAGGACGAGCCAAAGGCUAAAAAAGUGAAACUCUUCAAACUGGAAGAGAAGAUAAAUACACCUGAGGAAAAUAGUGAGGAUUCUGGGUGGGACAACGGCAUUUUGGACUCUCCUCCGAGGAAAUUCGGCUUUUGAUUAUUGGUGAGGAAUUUCCAAAAAGUGCUUUUAUUUUAUUUUUGACAUCAAAUGUUAUGAUUGUUUAUAUGGUAAGUAUAUUUUAUGUAAAUGUUUGAAAGAUACUACGUAGCGAGGCUGUUUUACAAUGCACAAUUUAAUAAAUGUAAGUGACGUUUCCAUUUAAGAAUGCAGUGAUACCACCAGAAUAAAUUUUAAGACCUGCUUUUCUAAUAUUGUCAGUUAUAAAAUAUAAACAUUCCAUUAACUUAGUAGAACUCUUGACGAUGUAUUUUUAAGUAUGACUCAUUCACAAACGUCACUUUAAUGUCAGUAGUAAAAUCCAACACUGCUAAGCCCGUGCUGAAGCCCAGUUGAAUCUACUGAAGUUUCAAGACGUGGCAACACUGCGUUCGUUAUUCACACAGAGUUUCUUGUUUUAUAAGAGAAUUUAGUGUAAAAACAUGGUUUAAAUGUAUAUUUUGUCGUUGGAUGUGUAUUUUGUACGAAAUUUGAAUGUUUAUUUUAUAUAUAACUUUGUAAAUAAAGCCUUAUAAUACAAAUAA